AUAACCAAUCAGAGAGCUUCCUUUUAAUUCCAAUUAGAGGGCGCGUCAACUUUACCGCUGUCAAUCGCAGUCGCAGCGUCGCGUUUUCUUUUCUAACUUUUCAAUUUUUAGGUACAACUCUCACCAACCCUUCGACAAAACACCUCCUGAUGGCCCUCCCAUUGCCUCCCGGCCUUGUACCGGCUGAAGUGGCUUUUUUAUGCGAAAUGGAACUAGUCACCGUAGUUCCACGCCAGAGGCUCGAAUCAAUUCCUCUUCUUAGUGGAAAUACCCCAGCACUACGACCACCACAUCGCGCUCAACUCCCGCUAUGGCUAGCAUUAUUACUAAAGAAACAACGUCGCGCGAAUAUCGUUCCCCCACCUUGGUUACAUCCAGACUCGCUUAAGGAAAUCAUAAACCACGAAACGAAUAUCGACCCCGAAGCCUUCUCCCCACCCCCGCCGCCGCCUACAAGAUCCGAUGGGAGAGGAGGUGCCAGACCGUUUGCGCAAGCAUCUUCGGAUGUAAAACCAGGGGAUAUGGUUCUUUCGCCGCCUUUUCUUCCCUCGUGUACCAACGAAGCACCCGCGGGUUAUCUUCCCUACCACUGGCUAGAGCUGUCCGAGACACUACUAGCCCAUGCCGCGGACGAUAUACCGAAUGCUGCUGAAGUCCGGGCGUUACUGCGAGAUCUACAAGAAGUACGCGCUGCCAAGAUGAGGGGAAGUACGGUGCACCUCGAAGGCGGCAGUGGAGUACUCAACUUGCGAGGUGUCGGGGCCAUGGAGUUGGCUGAGAGUAGGGGGUUCGUAUUGGGUGUUAUCGAGGGUGUGAGGAAGCUAGGCGCAAGCGCAGAAGUGAGCAGGAGGGAAGAAGAAGAGGAGAGGGCUAACGGCGGCGGCGACGAUGAAAGUGACGAAGAGAUGGGUUUCUAAACACGAAGCUAAUAACACAUGGGGUACAGCAUGGCAUUUUCAUGAUUCGGAAAGCACGAAAAUCAGCAUAACGUCGAAUUCGAGUACCAGCUCUUCGACAGCAUGGCGU